ACUCACAACCGAAUAAUUUCACGAGCUGCCAGCCCAUCGGAUUUCCCUCUUCUCAAGGCAGAUAGAUGCUAAGCCAGAGCACCGGUUGAUCUGCUGCCUUCAGCUUGCCCUCUGAUCACCCCCUACCAAAUCGAUAUUAUUAAUGCUAUUCUUUUGCUUAUCUUUAUUUCAGUUAUCAUAUCCAGCCACCCCCCUUGCACUCCCUGUCCGAAAGAACCAUGAAGGCAGACGCUGUUCCACACUGGAAGACAGCUGGCCUCUUUUUAAUGGGGCUUCUUCGUUUUGCCUUUGCUUCCGAAGGACCCAUCUACACGAAUCAUUUUUUGGUUGAGUUUCACAAAGGGGGAGAAGCAGAACCCAAGCAAUUUGCUGCAGAAUAUGGCUUUAAUGGGGUCAGGAAGCUCCCCUUUGUAGAGAACGGAUACCACUUUUUUCACAAUGGGUUGGCCAAGGGUCGGAGGCGACGCAGCCUUCAGCACCAGCUUCGCUUAGAAAAAGAUCCCAGGGUGAAGAAGGCUGUGCAGCAAGAAGGCUUUGGGAGGAGGAAAAGAGGAUACAGAGAUAUCAAUGAAAUAGACAUCAACAUGAACGAUCCUUUAUUUGCAAAACAGUGGUACUUGAUCAACACUGGGCAAGCAGAUGGGACUCCUGGACUUGAUCUGAAUGUGGCUGAAGCUUGGGAGCUGGGUUACACAGGGAAAGGUGUAACUAUAGGAAUUAUGGAUGAUGGCAUUGAUUACCUUCAUCCAGACCUGGCCUCGAACUAUAAUGCUCAAGCCAGCUAUGAUUUCAGCAGUAAUGACCCCUAUCCCUACCCUCGCUAUACAGAUGACUGGUUUAACAGUCAUGGAACUCGAUGUGCUGGGGAAGUAUCUGCUGCAGCGAACAACAAUAUCUGUGGAGUUGGAGUGGCAUAUAAUUCAAAGGUGGCAGGCAUCCGAAUGCUGGAUCAACCAUUUAUGACAGACAUUAUAGAAGCUUCUUCUAUCAGCCACAUGCCUCAAGUAAUAGAUAUCUACAGUGCCAGCUGGGGCCCCACCGAUAAUGGUAAGACUGUGGAUGGACCAAGAGAGCUCACCUUACAAGCCAUGGCAGAUGGUGUGAAUAAGGGCCGGGGUGGCAAGGGAAGCAUCUAUGUGUGGGCCUCAGGUGAUGGGGGAAGUUACGAUGACUGUAACUGUGACGGCUAUGCAUCAAGCAUGUGGACUAUCUCCAUCAAUUCAGCUAUUAAUGAUGGCCGAACAGCUUUAUAUGAUGAAAGCUGCUCCUCAACCUUGGCCUCUACUUUUAGCAAUGGAAGGAAGAGAAAUCCUGAAGCUGGUGUGGCAACAACAGAUUUAUAUGGCAACUGCACGUUACGCCACUCUGGAACAUCUGCAGCUGCACCAGAGGCAGCGGGAGUGUUUGCACUCGCGCUGGAGGCAAACCUGGAUCUAACAUGGAGAGACAUGCAACAUUUAACAGUGCUCACCUCCAAAAGGAAUCAGCUUCAUGAUGAAGUUCACCAGUGGCGAAGAAAUGGUGUCGGCCUAGAAUUCAACCACUUGUUUGGCUAUGGUGUCCUUGAUGCUGGAGCAAUGGUUAAGAUGGCUAAAGACUGGAAGACUGUUCCAGAAAGGUUUCACUGUGUUGGUGGAUCAAUACAAGAGCCUCAGAAAAUACCUUCUAGUGGCAAGUUGGUUCUGACUCUUACAACUGAUGCUUGUGAGGGGAAGGAGAAUUUUGUCCGCUACCUUGAACAUGUGCAGGCAGUUAUAACAGUGAACUCGACCAGGAGAGGAGACUUAAAUAUCAACAUGACAUCACCGAUGGGGACGAAAUCCAUUUUGCUAAGUCGGCGUCCAAGAGAUGAUGAUUCCAAGGUGGGCUUUGACAAAUGGCCUUUCAUGACAACACAUUCUUGGGGAGAAGACCCCAGAGGUACUUGGGUUGUUGAAGUUGGGUUUGUCGGUCUCCUGCCUCAGAAGGGAGUUCUCAAGGAAUGGACAUUAAUGCUACAUGGGACUCAAAGUGCACCCUACAUAGACCAAAUAGUUAAAGAUUACCAGUCUAAAUUGGCCAUGUCCAAGAAGGAGGAAUUGGAAGAAGAAUUAGAUGAAGCUAUAGAGAGAAGUCUGAAGAGUAUAUUGAACAAGAACUAGCACUGCUUUGCAUGUCAGACACCCUCCUCACCCCCAUUUCCUUUCCUAAACAUUAGGCAUACUCCUGUUAUGCCUCUAGAUCAUUAUCCUAAAUUUCUGAUAUUUUCCCAGUUGUCUACAUUGUCUAAUUUAAUUACAGUGGAAACUUUUGAAUUCUGAGCCACAAAUAUAUUAUUAUUAUUAUUAUUACCUACCAACUACUGCGUAAGGGUGUGUGUAUGACUGUAACUAAACUUUGUUUGCGGGUAUUUUUUGGUGGACUUUUUUUUUAAAUGUCAUUUGAAAGGUAACCAACCAACUAUGUAGUGACCACAUUCCUCUUUCUGUUUUUGCAGAGAACAUAUAACACCAUUUUAUUUAUGCCUAUGAGCUGUUCAAACUGGCAAUGCCAACUUGCUGAAAUACUAUCAUAGCAGUUGCAAGUGUGGCAAAAAGAAAAUCAGAAGUCACACGGACAAACUAUGUGCUGCAUGCUUACAUUUACCACUUUUCUUCUGAAGAAAGAACAAGUAUGGGACUCUGAUCUGGAUAGAGGGCCCACAGCUAUUUUCUGCCUCCAAACCAUUUGCUUCCAAAGGUGCUGUUUGCCGUAAACAACACCUUUGGGGGCAAACAGCAGCUUGGGUGGGGAUGAUUUUCAGCGGAAAACAAGUGCAGCCCCCCUUUUCAGAUUGGGGCCCCAUGGCUGCUUUCCCCCCCCCAUAAAAUAGUGGGUAGUUUAAGCACACUUUUUAAAAAGUGUGAAUACCAUAACAUGUAGUUUGAGCCUGAUAUGUGUUCAAAAUACAGAUUUGUAAUUGAAGGAUGUUACAGAGCACUGGCACAAUCUUAUGCUUUUUCCACGAGCCUGGCCCCUGUAACCAGUUUCCUAAAAUUAAGCCCCAGUGGAUUCAAUGGGACUUAACUUUUGAGUAGACACAUAUAGGAUUGCACUAGGAAUAAAUGUAUGGAAACUGAGGAUAAGGCCAGACUUCUAGUAAGUUUCCUAACCCUAAUCCCUUCCCAGAUCCUUUCAUAUAUUUUAGCAACGUCAGCUGGAGAAAUUCAAUGAUCUUUAAUCAACCAGGGGUGGUGGUUGUAUUACCAUAAAACAUAAGUGCCUCCCCUUGCUUCAUCAUAGCUCUUUUUGAUAGAUCAGCUUGUGCAAAAGAUUGCCAAUCUAUGUAAUACAAAUCAAUGCCUUUAAGAAUAGCCUUUUGAGUCAUUUCCUAGAAAUGAGGGAAGCAUGUGCAAUAAGAGAGGCUGCAAUCCUUGAACAACUGUCUCAAGAACAACCAUGUUGGUUUAAGUGGGAGGGUGGAGAGAGAAGGCUCUGCAGCAAAUUGUUAUCAGAUUAAAACUUCUGUGUAACUAUUCUGAAGUUGAGGAACAGUGAUGGGCAAGGCUGUUUAGUUCUUCAUCUCUAGCAUUAUGGUAGAGUGGAAUGAAACCAUCCCACUCUGCAAAAACUCCAGGAUGGAGUGUGGAAGUCAGAAUGGCUUCUGCAAUUAGGUGUAAAUGUGCUCUGAUGCAGAGAAGGUUGUGUUGAGCUACUCCCUUCCUCCAUUUGUACUGGGCUAUGGCACUACCAGGGAGAGUCCCUGGACAUUGCUAGGGUUCUGUAGGGCAGUGCAGAUGCACCAAGGAAGCACAACCCCUCACUGUGACCUUGGAGACAGGAGGUGGAGGGUCUAACACAGCGAGAUAGUCUGUGCUGCACCCUUCCUCCCAUCCUCAUGGCUUUUGGGAUACCAAGAAGUGGUGUUUUAACUGCCACCUUGUUGCUUCUGUAUUGGGCUGUGGAUCCCUAGCAGCACCCAAUUCCUGGAGUUCUACAUUCUAGGAAUUAUCUUCAAAGAGGUCAAGGCUUUAUUUGAAAAGUUGACACUGAAAAAAUGUAUUGAAGUCAUCUGAUUCUAAAAGCACAAUGGGGCGCGGAGGUAAGAGGAAGUGUCAAAUAAUCUGUACCAUAUUUCAUAAAAAUCUGUGUGCUGGGAAUGACAGUCCAGCUAUCUCUGCCCUUUCCCAAGGUCUCAGAAUCUCCUUUACCGACAGCAGUAUUUGCAAAGAGGAAGAUAUGACUGUUAACAGUUCCAUUACGAGCCCAGAUUUUCUAAAGCUGCUGUUGAAAAUGUGCAAUGUGGAAAACACAGCCAAAGAAGUUGCAGUACAACAAAGCAAUUUAAAAUUCUAAUAUAUUCAUUCAUUCAUUCAGUACAUUUCUAUCCUGCCCUUCCUCCCUAAGGAGCAAUGCAAUAAAAGAGCAAAAUAAUAUAAAAUAUUUUAAACCAGUCAAAUAUCAUCACAGCUAAAAGGUUGCCAGGAACAGUAUAUUUCAGACAUCAAAUGCCUGAGUGGACAGGAAGGUUUUUAAAUUCUGCCUGAAUGUUAAUAAUGAAAGACACAAACAUACUUCACCGAUAAAGAGUUUGGCUGGUUCUCAUUACAUCAUGGUCAUGGUGAUGGUGUAUCUUUUAUGUUUUGAUUGGGAUAUAUGGGGAAACUUAUUAAUAUAAGAUAAUUGGGGUAUUGUCUAGCCAAAGUUGAGCUCUUUCAGAUCCUAUUAAUUAAAAUGGAAAAAGUUACACAUAUGCUUAAAUAUCUCCCAUUUAUACAAAGAGGACUUGAAAGUUCAAACUUUUGGCUGCAACAUGAGUUUGGAAUUAAAAUACCCCAUUAUGCAGUUGCUUACAUAUGUGUUUGUAGUUUAUAUGAUCAUGCCUUGAUGAGCUACAUUAAGGAAAUGACCUUAAUGUAGUGCUAAAAUCUCUGGCAAGUUAUGUAUUUUUUUUAUUUAAAUGAUUUGACUUGCUCAAACUAAUAAUUUCAGAGAUGCCAGAGACAGGACUUUCAGCCAUCAUAUGCCCAGGUAAACAGGAAUGUUUUAAAAUUCUCCUACAAUUGGUAGUAAGUUAAAUACAUAUGUAGCCACACUAAUUGGUAUGCAAACAGCCAAAAGUUUGAAUAUGUAACUUACCAGGUGGCAAAUUUCUAUCUCAUCCAUCCCUCGACUCAGCUGUCCCAGGCACUACGAUCAGCAGGGGAGGCCCUUUUGGUAAUGAUGCCACUGGAGGCUACCCGGUUGGCAUUACCCAUAACAGGGCCUUCACGGUGGUGGAUACCUAUUUGUGGGAUGCAUUCCCUAAUGGAGUGUGUCAGUCUCCCUUAUUAUUAACUUUUAGGAGAAAUUUAAAAACUUUUCUGUUUAUCUAGGCAUUUGAUGUCUGAAAGAUCUGUCGCUGGACAACUGGAAAUUAUUUGUUUUGAGUGGUUGCUUUUAGGAGACUGUUUUUAACUGUUUCUAGAAGUUUUAAUUGCAUUGUUUUAGAAUUUGCAUGUUUGCUGCCCUGGCCUUCUGUGGAAGAAAAGCAGCAUAUACAAUUAAUUAAUUAAUUGGGUUGUUUUCAGUGGAAUCAUCCCAUUCAUGCAAGGACUUCCAUUUGUGCAAUGGAACUUCCCCCCUCUCUACUCUCCCUGCACCCCAUCUGCUCG